UGCACGCAAGGCUCUGGCGCUCGGAGGGCCGAGCUAACGGGCUGGGCUGGAAAGUUUUGGAAGGGACAGGGGAGCGCGGCGGCGCGCCCGAAGCCGCGGUCGCGGACGGCGAUCCCUCCCCUGCGCGCCGGCUCCCGCCCCCGGCCCGGGCCCCCGGUGGGACUGGCCCGCACGGCCCGGACGGGCUGCGGCCAUGGGCAGCGGCAGCAGCCGGCGGCGGGGUUCCGCGGGCAGAGCGGGGCAGGGCCGGGACCCGCCGGGGGCCGAGGGCGAGGGGGCGGCGGCAGCGCCCGGGCCCGGCCCCGGAGCCGCGGGCGGCGGCGGCAGCGGCGCGGAGGCGGCGGGCGGCGGCGGGGCCCCGCUCCGGCAGGCGGCUUUGUCAACCAGAAGCCCACCAGGCCCAGAGAACAGCAACCUUGACCAUCAGUGCCCAGAAAGCAGCAAGAAGCCACUGGGGCAGUCCACAGUCUUGUAUGAUUACUCAGAGGAGGAGCUCAUGGCCAGCAUCGAGCGGGAGUACUGCCGCUGAGCCAGCCCCUGCCUCGGGAAUGGCAGUGCUCCUGGAAGCCCAGCUGAGCAGGAUGCAGCUGACAACACCUCUCACAGUGGGACAGCACAGGAGAGCUGGCUGGUGCAGGGUCCUGGAGCACAGGGCACAGAGGAGAAAGUUCACCUGGUCAGCUCCGAGUGAGAGCAUGAGGAUCUCACAGCUGCUGAUUUCUGACUGGUGCCACUGGAAGAGGCACCAAUUCAUCUUAAGAAUCAAUAUUUAGAAGCUCAUUUCUAAAUGCUAUUUGUAAAUGAACGUGUACUAGAAUUAAGUGUCAUACUAGAGGUGUUGAAAUAUGGUGCUUUGAAGGAGGAUCUUGCUUUGAACUUAGUAAAAAAAGUAAAAAAAAAGAAAAGCAGCAAUAUCAUCUGAUCCAGAACUUCAGAGGAUAUUGAAUGAAAUUCAUGUUUCUGCCACUUAAAAUGUGCCAAAUGUACUCCUUGAGCUGUGCAAGCCUCAGGUCCAGGUCUGAAUUUGGCACUGUCUCUUUCAAUCUGAUCCCCAGUAUGGGGGAUAAGAGGAAAGGGGGAUUGAGUACAUAGGCAGUGUAAUCCCAGAGUUCAGAUACCACCACACUGGCAAAUUAGGAACACAGGAUUUGUAUGAUCCCUUUGGGGCAGGGUCCCAGCAUAGGUGUCCUACCUGGGGCUCCUGGGCUUGGAUCCAUCCCAGUGAUGGGAGUGAAAGCAGGAGGCACAUCCCCAUUUCAGUCAUCCUUCUCAAGAGGGACUUGCAUGCUCUCAUAGAGCAGCUGCUUGGGAUUGGUUUUCAGAAUUGCCACUCCUGGCCUUUCCCUAAUAUUUCUUGUCCUACAAGAAAAAUCACUGCAUUUUACCAUUAGCUGACUGCAAUGUAAACCAGAAAAUUCUCUCUCCUAAGGAAAUAGUAUUUUCAGUGCUCCCAGACAAAGCAGCCUGGUAUUUUGGGUUUCUGCUUUUAUUAUACCUGCAUCUUAACAUAUUAUGAGUAUCUCCUUAUUAUCAGAAGUAGAAAAAUACUUUAUUUCAAUCUUCAGCUGGAACAAAAAAGGCAUCAGAUGAAAUUUUCAUGAUGUGUAAAUGCAAAAAAAACCCUGCAGGACACCUCUUGAGAUGCUGUAUUUUAAAUGCUUUCUGAUUCCUUGGACCUGUGAAACAGAAAUAAAUGCAUCUAUACUCUGAA